CCUCACCUAUCUGAGACUUCGAUUUUCUUUAAUUAAGCUGUUUCGUUGUGCGUCAGCGACUGACAAGAAUGGCUACAAGCGUCCUGCACACUCCUUCCUCGCCAGGACAGCAAGGUCCUCUACUUGACGCUGAGGCAUCUCCAUACUCAGGUCAUGCUCAGAGCAACUGGGACUGUACGACCGAGGUCAAUGACACCCACAACCACAAUAUCCCGGCAGCCAAUGGCAUGUGGAUGGGGGAUGCGCCCCCAACAUCAUACUACGAUUCAACAACCGCCGCCUUCGGCACGCCACUGAACGUAACCGCCUGGUCAGAAUAUGGAACAGCUCCCGAGGGCAGCAACAUGCCUUCUCCAGCCGGCACCCUCCCAAGCCCAAGCUUCGAACCCGACGGGCUACUUUGGCCCAUGUCGCCAACCAACGCUGCCUUCACCAACCCCUGGACUCUGAGAGACCAGCCACUGCGAUCUCCGCUAUCCGAAGCACCGUCGUACAUUCUGGCGCAAAGACUUCCGACAGACGAAGACGGCAUCCGUACCAGUCAGCCAGUUAAACCCCCAGCGAGCGGCUACAACUCUCCUGCCACAACCUCUCCCUCGCCCUCAGCCUUCUCUCAGCUGCAGAACAAUCCAAAGCACAAUGUCAACCGCCCAACAUCCUCCUCAAAGCGCCCAGCAACACCAGCAGCAGGACCAGAGCCCACCCGCCUCCGCACCUUCAAGCGCUACAGAUCCGACACGCCACCCUCCACCACCAACAACACCGCACCAAGCACAACGAACAGCAGCACCACCAACACCACCACAACAACAACAACAAAGACGACACUGGGCGGGGUGCUGCCAGCCGACGUCGACCCGCGCGUCGCCUGCGAGCGGAUCCGCCGCCAGGCUUGGGAGCGAUGCAACGCCCAGGCGCUCGAGAUGGCGCAGCGGCGGACGAUGCUGCGGGGCCACGAGCACGGGGCGCUGGAGCGGGAGAUGGAGAGGCUGAGAGUGAAUUUGGAAUUGAUGAAGCAGCGGGAGAGGGAGGCGGAUCGGAGGCGGUGGGAGGGUGGUGAUGAUGCCGGAGACGGUGGUGGGGAGAUGGUGAGGAUGACGGUGGAGUAGGUUGCACUGGUAUAAGGAGAGGGGAGGGGCUGAGGGGGAUAUCUGGAAAUGGUGUUUCGGAG